ACAAAACGGAGGUUCUAUGAACAGCACCAUUGGUUCCAAACGACACACCGGAAUUCGACACCACCAUGGCGACUCGCAACGACGAUGAACUGGAAAUGAACUGGACGGCGGAGGCCGUCGACGCCUCGGACAACGAGAGCGUCCUGUCCGCCGGUAGCGAGGAUGAGUUCGAGGAGGAGGCGGAGCUUGAACUCGGCUCAGGCAUCAAGCGUGAACGCGAGGAGGUGGACGACCUAAUGGAUGACGAGGACGACGAGGACGACGAGGACGACGAGAACGCCACCAAGAAGCAGAAGACCGACACCAAACGCCCCAUGCCUAGAGCCAAGGGGCUGCACAAGAUGACGCAGGCGGAUCACUUUAAGAUCGUCAACGACGCCUACAUCAAGCACCGUGGUGGCCAGAUGACGUCGCUCGAGCUCGCGGACGGACUCAAUGAGUCGCACUUUGUGGCUCCAAAGGGUGUAGGCAAGCACAGGUUGGAUCUGUUGCCAUCCUACAUCCACCACUUGAUGCCGUCGUUCAAGCGAGACUUUUUGGGCAAGGGAAAACGUCGUGAUAAGAGUCCGUACUUCCUCAUUCUGUGCUCGUCGGCGCUGCGAUGUCUUGAGGUCAUCAAGCAUUUGAAGUCGUUCAAGUGUAACGUUUUGAAGCUUUUCGCCAAGCACAAAAAGCCGGAAGAACAGGCGAAGCUGCUGGCGAGUAGCUACUCGCCAAUUGCUGUGGGUACACCUGCUCGCGUCAAGAAGCUGCUGGAGAUGGACGCGCUGUCGCUGAAACACAUGACGCACGUGAUCUUUGAUAUGGAGAAGGACAAGAAGCAGCUCACUGUGUUGGAGCUGAACGACACAGCUACUGAGAUGGUGGACCUGCUGCAGUUCUAUUUCAUCCCGCAACUCAAUAAGGAAGACAGCAAGAUGAAGAUUGUACUGUUUUAACGACACUAAAAACAGCACUUUAGAGUUUUGUUUCAAGCAACAACAAAAAAAACUCGUUAUAUUUUUGAAUUUAAAUUCUAUAGCGAAUUAUCUGGU